UCACUACCUGAGCUGAAGGCAGUCGCCCAACAAACUAGAGCCACCCAGGUGCCCUAUUAAUGGUUUCUUUGUGUGCUGAGAGUGUCUCUUUCUCCUGAUGAAGAAACAUGGACUAUGGCGACCCAGGAAGCCGCUCCAGACGGCCAGUCAGAGGAGAGCAGUGCUUUGGACUUGCCACCAGUUGAUGACAUAAGAGAUUAUGUGCUGCAGAGACCCCACCAGGAGGCCGACAGCGAGGUGUUUAGUUCUGUGGAAACCCUUUCUCUUCCUUCCUCUUCUGAUGUGGAUUCAGACACCAGUCACCUAAAUACUGAACAAAAUGAUUCCUGGACCUCUGAGAACUUCUGGCUUGACCCUGGUGUGAAGGGCCAGACGGAGACCAAGGCAGAGGAUGAUGGGCUUCGGAAAUCCCUGGAUAGAUUCUAUGAAAUGUUUGGCCAUCCCCAGCCAGCCGCUAGAAAUCCACUCUCCACAUCGGUCUGCCAGUGCCUGUCUCAGAAAAUCAACGAACUGAAGGGCCAGGAGAACCAAAAGUACGCCCUUCGCAGUUUUCAGAUGGCCCAGGUCAUCUUCAACCGGGACGGCUGCUCCGUCUUACAGAGGCAUUCCAAGGACACCCACUUCUACCCACAGGGAGAAGGAGGUGUGUCUCUGGAUGAUGAAAAGCCCACCCCGGGACUUUCAAAAGACAUCAUUCGUUUCCUUUUGCAGCAGAAUGUGAUGAAAGACCUCUAAGUAGCCCCCGGUGGUAGGAACAGGCAGUGUGGAGGAUGGCCCUGUGGCUCACACUGUCAGGGCCCCACCCACAUCCCUUCGGGCCUCUCUGGCCAGCCCUGUGGGUCCAGCCCCCUGUGAGCUGAUACCUGAGCCAGGUCAGCCCACAUGGAGAGCCAGCCGUGUUUGUGGGCCUGAUAGCCGCUGUGUCCACACUACCUCCCACCCCACCCCACCCUACCACUCCCUUUGACUUAAGGCCAGCAACUGACUGGUUGGGAAAUCCAAAAGCACAGCUUCCUUGUCCCAAGGAAGGAAAGACAUGUUCUGAGGCAUAAUUACCUCUCCAGAACUCCCCUCUGGCUCAGGCCAAGACUGAACCUUCCCGCGAAAUCACACCUUGCUCAGCUUCUUCUGUCUCCCUCUCCUCCUUCUCCCCGUUCACCUACUGGUGUCUCCUGGGAGCCUUUCCUUAAUAAAGCUCUUGUACCUGAAUCCUUGACUCAAAGUCUGCUUCUGGGAGAACCCAACCUAAGAGAACAGGCUUUUUCAUUAGAUGAGUCUUUUGAAGGAUUUAAAGCUCUGUGCCGAAUCAAGUAUAAGAAUCCUACCAAGUAGUAAAACUGUGACCAUGUGGUUGAGAAUGUAUUUCCCAAAAUAAUAUAAAGAUUUAAAUACAGUUUAAGAUGCAUCACAUAUUAAUCAUACCCUUGCCUCUCCAAAGCCAGAAUUCCCUGUUUUAUAAUACUAACAGGGCGUGGAAGGAACAUUUGGACCCUCCAAAAUAAGAGCUAAGAUUCGCAAAUUAAAAAAAAAAAAAAAAAAAAGAAAGAAAGAAAGGUUCUUUGUCUCCACCAGAUUGCCAGUGUGAAAGGUGUGAAGAAAACAAAUGUGCACCACCUACCAAAGUCUGUGUAAGCUCCAUCAGGCCACGCCAGGCUGAUGAGGUACGGCCUUGGCCGUCUGUGGAGGAAGAGAAAAAGGAAUCCUUUGCCCAAGUGGAUUCCUCCCUGUCAUUGUUGCCUUCUGCCUGCCUGGUACCAGCACCCUCUGCACCCUCGGAACAGUUGGCCCCUCACCCCUGUCCUGUCCUUGCUUCGUGGUUUUAAAUAGCUGGCCCGGGCUUGCGCCGGCAGGUGCUCUACUCCACGGCCGUGUCCUGAACCCCCGUUCGAGACUCAGGGGGUAGAAUGACAUCACCUGGCACCAAGCUCUCUGAAACUGUCACUGGAGGCCUCCUGCUAAUCCCUGCCUUGACAGCCCUUCCCAUACAUGACAUUGAUGGAAGGAAGUCCAUUUUUCUUUUGGGGGAAACCGAGAAGCUGGCAACCCUGUGCAGUUAGAGUCUGAGAAACUGGAGGUGAAAUUUGAUUGGCCUAAUACUCCAGAAGCUUGCCAGAAAGCAGAUUUUGCAAACAGAUCGGCUUCCAAGUGUCCAUGAAGAAUGAGGGAGCCCUCUCAGGCAGGUCUCUUAGGAACGCUCGGCUGGAGAGAGGAGACUUCUAAAGGUCACCAAUUCCAUACUGAGGCUUCCAGUUCUGAGACAAUCAGAGGUAAGAAACAGUGUUUCACACUGAAGUGCAGAAACACCACUGGAAGGAGACCCAAAUGGUAGGAAAUAGGAAAGGAGUAGGUCUUUCAGAGAUACUUGAGGAAACAAGACUCCAGGUUUUUCUCUGACAAGCAAUCAUGUGACUCUCUCCCCAGGGGCUUCUCCUAUUCAACUGGCCCCCAAAUAAUCGGGAAACCGGUGGGACUCAUCAUGGAACAUGUGCAGGUUGAAUUUUAAGGUCCGGUAGUUCUAUUGUUUUUUAGUGUGGAGCCAGUUAAUGGAUGACUCUGAAGAAUGCUGUGGUUUUUAGUAUUAUUCAGUCACUGAAAGAAAUAUUGGAGAUUAGUUUCCAUGGCCACUAACAGGAGGAGACUGGAUUAUUUUCUACUGUUCGUAAAGAACAGAAGAUGGAAGCUACUUCUGUUUGGCAGAGAGAUUCUAGUAUCAGUGAUUUUGUAACCUUUUUUAUUCUGGGUGCUGAGGGUGCUCAGCAAGAGGCAGACUCUGAGACCAAAGAAUUUAGAAGUCUAAAAGCCAGAAUCACCUUAGGGUUAAAAAAAAAAGAAGAAGAAGAAGAAAAAAAAGAAAAAAAAGUGUGCCGUGUGUUUGCUUAUAUCUGAGUAAGUGCUUGUGACAGAUCAGUACAAUUUGAUUCCCUGCAAUCUCGCUCUCUAAUUUGAUUUUCAUGAGGUUCAGAUGGCAUUUUCCAUUUAUCUCUGUUUACCUUUAAUAAAGACUAAGAGAUAAGGAUAUUAAGGCUCUGGCCUUUGGCAUUAUUGUCCGUUUCUGCCCUACAGAUCACUUCACCAACGUCUUAUCAUCCCGUGAACAUUCUGACUGGCCUGUGAUAUCCUCUGUGGCCUUUUCCAGCAGUCUCCAUGAGGGUGGAUUUGCUUGCAGGAACAUCACAACUCUGAAGAAGAGAAAUUGUUACCAGUGUUUUACGUUUGUAUGGCGGCUACUCACUUCAUUAGUCAUUGCUUUGCAUGACCUAUGUGAGUACAUGCCACAGAUCUUAGUACUAGCCAUUAGCACAAAACAAUACGGAGAUACUUUUAAAAUUUUUCAUUGAAUUACACCUAUCACACAGAAAAGUUUUUCUAAGUGAACCUCUUGCUGAUUUUCACAAACUGAACCCAUCUGUGCACCCAGCAUCCAGCUUAAGUGACAGAGAUCACCAGCCAACCUAGGUGGCUCCCUUCUGAGUGAGGAUUUUCAUCUGGAGAUGAGAUGGGUUUGCUCAGACCCUUUGUUUCUCAAGCUGCUGACAGUAUACUGUAGGCACCACAUGGAAAAACAAUGUUUAUUUUCAUUGUUAUCUCUUCGGUGUAAUAUGUUAGAAAAAUAUAUAACUACUGCAUCCAAUCUGUGCUUUUACAGAUAGCAUGUAGGAUAAGCCUAAUAUAAAUAUUUAAAAUUUAAAAGUGAACCGAAUUAGGGGGUCUGGGUGUCUCAGUCGGUUAAGCAUCUGACUCCUGAUUUCAGCUCAGGUCUUGAUCUCA